AUGCGCGCCUUCACCACCCUCAUCAUGGCUCUCAGCCUCGCAAGCAGCACCAUCGCCGCUCCUGCGUCUUCUGCUCUCUCGCCUCUUGUCAGGGACGCUCUCGCCAACGACGAAUGCCUCUACCUCUGCACCUGCGCCGACUCUGUCGAGCAGAGCAAGGAGUGCUGUGUUGCUUCUGGGGGAAGGUUUGAUGAGUCUAUUGGCUGGUGCGCCGAUAUGAAUAAUACCACGGCUCAUGAUUACACCCAGUGCUGUGGGGGGGUUUAUGGUUGUGGGUUUGGUUUUGGAUGCCCGGCUCCUGGUCAGUGGUAG